AUGCGAAUGGCUCGAGAGAAGAAGGUGCUGAAAAAUGCUGAUCAGAGGAUGACUCGGAUAAGGCAUUUGGGGAACAACAAUGAAACAAAAAUCGCUACGCGAGCCGGUCCAUCAGCCGGAAUCGCCCGCCCAUGUUCGCUGCUGCCCGAUGACGCCCUCGCCCUCGCCCCUAAGCAGUCGAGAAACGGCGACAGACGGAGCAGCAAGACGUGUUACGGGACCCCGGAUCCAGGAGCGGAAGAAGCUCGCCUCUAUAGACGGAAACGUCAGAUAGCAAAGUGCCUCCAACAAUUCGAGCAUCAACGAGAGCGAAACGAGGCUAUGCGAGGCGGCGUUCUAUAUUAG